AUCAAUUCCCUGUACCAACCAUGGACAGAGCUUGGAGUACAUAUGUUAUAUAAUUUCUAGUUGGAUGUUGCACUAAUGUGCAUAGACCUGCUGGAUUCAGCGUCAUGUAUUACAUACAUGGAUACUGUCUAAAUGAACUGAGAUAAAACUGGAAUUAAAUGGUCUGUGAGUUUUGCAUUGUUUGGUGACAUUCUCAGUCUGUUAUUUUCUAAAUCGUUUAUUUGGAAUAUAAUAUGGAAUAUUCUAUCUUUGAGCUUGACUUUGGGUAUAAUAUGCACCUACUCAACUAUAACAAGUGUUUUAAUAAGUAUGUACAUUAACUGACUGGGAGUUAAAAUUCAACCCAAGACUUAUAAGGUUCUCUGUUCUGUGAAAUAACUAUGUCCUGCUAUUUUCUUCCUUGGAGAGUUCAACUUUUUCUUGAUGAUGAGAGCCGACUUCUAGAUGAGAUUACCCAUAACAUGGCGACGAGUCGACUCAAGGCAGCUCACCGUACGGACCCCUUCCACGGAGGUCUGCCAAAACUUGACACAGCCCGUUCACAGGCGACCCACAACAACCCUGUACCCAGGGUCAACAACCCACCCCACGAGAGAAUGAAUUCCUCGUCAUCAUUUCUAGAUGACACGCCCCCAGAUAAUGCUACAUUUUUGACAGGUCCCCCUAGCGACCAGGAAUUGAUGGCCACCAUGAUGACGCGAAUCACUCUACUGGAACAGAAAGUUCAGUCACAGUCCAAAGAACUGACCGAGAAGGACAAAAAAAUCAAGAUUUUGGAAGACAAAGUUAAUAUAAUGAAGAAAGCUCAGGGUGACCUGUCUCCAGGCGAGUCACGCGAACUGGAGAAAAAAUGUCUGCUCCUUCAACAACAUGUCCAUGAAAUGGAGGCGUUUUUGGCUGACUAUGGAAUGGUGUGGGUGGGGGAGAAGUCAGACACAGGAUCCUCCUACUACAAUGACAAGUCGUCCAAUGACAGUGACAGUGAGGAAGACGAGGGGGAGGGGGAGGUCUGGAGGCCAGAGACUUCUCUGUCCCACAAUGCUGUUCCUGACACAGCCAUAGCAACUACCGCCAGAUCAGAAACCGUCCAAUCAAAAUUCACAGUGGAUUACGACAGACUUAUAGAGAAUAUCAAGGACCUGAAUGUCUUGGCGGGGGAGGGCGUGUCCAAGAUCCACCACACUAAUGAUGGGGCCAGACUAAGGCUCCCUGACCCAGUUCCCCUGGUGUUCUAUGCAAACGGUAUCAUGCUGUUCAGUGGACCGUUUCGACCUUUCAGUGACCCCGUGACCCAGCAGUGUGUACAGGACAUCCACGAUGGAUACUUCCCCUCCGAGUUACAGACAAAGUUCCCGGACGGUGUGCCAUUUGUGGUGACAGAUUACAGGGACACGUAUUUCAAGGACACUCGGCGAGAAGUGUUCCGAGGGGCGGGUCAGGUGUUAGGGGGAGAGACCAGGCCAUCUAGACUGGUCCCCGAAUCCAAGACAACUGAGAAAAAUCAUGACUCAGCCCCAACCAAUACACCUGAACAUACACAGCUAAAGAUUGCUACACAACUACCAGGAGCAAAGAUGACUGUGGGUCAGUUCUUACAGAAACUGCCAAAGUCUGUGGUCAAGGACGGGAAAGUGAUCGACAUCCGAAACUCUGUGGGAGAGAAUUUAAUGGAUGGUAAGGGAGGUCAGCCUGCUGUUACAGUGGUGGAAACAGACACAGUGAAGGACAUCAAGAGGAGACUUGAAGGUAGCGAGGACAGACGACCUAUGACCCCAAGAAACAUCACAACACUCCGAGUAAAAUCUGACACUGGUAACCACACAUAUAUACUGAAGAUGAAGUUCCAGGAGACGAUACGAGAUCUACGGAAAUACAUUGAUCUACACAGGUCUUCAAACUCUCAGCCCUAUAACAUCGUGUCGGCCUACCCAAGCAAGAUUUUUGAUGACGAGAUGGUUUCGUUACUAGAUGCAGGACUCACUCCAAACGCCGUGUUACAUUUACGUGUACGGAAGUGAUUGUCAUUUAGGAAACCAUUAGACUAGCUAUUUGAUUACUAACGUUGUGUGUAUAACAGAGAUUUAUAGUCUGUGAUUUAUUUACUGCUGAUCUGUGAAAACAAAUCCUUUUAAAAUCCAGAGACAUAACAGUUAUGUCAAAAUUUUAACAAACUAACUUGUAAUACCCUGAAGUGGGGUUUAUCAGUCAUAUGUUCCAGUUUAUUUUCUACGAUUUCUUGUUGUACAUGACAUUGUUUUUUUAGACUAAAUUAAAAUUUUUGAACAUUAUUUUUUAACUGUACGUGUAUUAUGAUCUGGAUCAUUGUAUAAUCAUUAUUAGAUCAUCUUUGAAUAUAAGUGAGGUGUAAUUAAAUAUAAAUUACUCUGUGCGUGUAGAUGUUGUAGUGUGUAGCACGGAGAACUGCUGACAGUUAGAACUCAUGUUGAGUGAUUUUUACUGCAUAUUGCAUUUUUAUAGUACGUACUUGUGAAGAGUUAUCUUUCUUGCAAUACAGAAGUUGCACCAAUUUCAAUACCAAAUCAGUAGUAUUAUCACUGCUUCAUCGAUUUGAGGUUAUGUUGUUAUUCAGUUUGGUUAAUCUGCUGUCUCAAAAAUUAUCCCUUAUAUGUUCACGGUCUUUUAUCUUUGAUCUCAUGACCUUGACCUUUGACCUUUAUUGUUCAUCGUUAUAUGAGGUUGUGAUCUGUGAUUCUCACAAUCAAUGAUGAUAGGCUUUGAGUCAUUAAUUAAGGUCUUACUAUUGUAAGCCCCUCAAAAAAAAUAAAUAAAUAAAUAAAAACAAUACAAAAUGAUACAUUUAUUGCAAACAUAUACUGAUUAGUAUUUGAAGAAGGUAUAACCUGAUGAUAAAGGCUAUAUCAGUUAAUAUCUGUGUUCUGCUGAUUUCUCAUAUUGACAUGUUAUAAGCUUUGAUGUUUCUUGAAAUUGUUGAAAUUUAAUAAAUCAGUACUGUAAACCAACUUUUAUCUGCGACUAAUUUCAUGAUUUGGAGGAGAUAAACUGGUCUGCGGCGACUAAUUUUUGCAAUCGAGAUGUAGAUUGUCUUGAAAAUAUUAUGCAAGAGACAUUAAUGAGAACUGAUUCUUGCAAGAAAUAUUUGCAAUGAUGAGGCUCGCAUUAACCUUGCUAAAAUUACACUCGCAUGCGAAAAGGUGGUUUACGCUAUAUUUUUUCUGAUGGAUAUGAGCAGUGCUGGUAUUGAUGCUCUGUGACAUGUUAUGUGUAUUAACAUGAUUGUGUUCGAGGCAUGCUAUUAAUUCUAAAACAAGUGUAUGUGAUAUGUGUAUUAUUGUACGUAGUCAGCGCAUUUAUCAGUUGUUUAAGUGAUACACAUUGUUUUAGUUGUUUGAGUGAAUGUAUAUGAUCUUCAUGCAUGUUGAGAUGUGUUAAGUUAAUGUUUUACUUGUAGUAUUUAGUAUGGCGUAUACUUAGAUGUUUGAACAUGUGUUCAAUGUUGUAUGUAAUUUUGAUGAAUGUGAGAUUAACAUAAUGUACAUUUUAACAUACAUAUAUAUUGUGCGAGUGAUCAAGUUUUAUACAGUCUGAUUUAAAGUAAGUGAUAGAGAGGCCGGGGCCGAUUAUAAUCAGAGUGAGGUGUACUCACUUAUUCUGUUUGUCAGAACUGUCUUAAAAUGUAUUAUUUUAUUGGAAGCCAUGAUAGAUAUCUGUCUUAAACUGUCUUCAGAUGUAUUUAUUUGAAGCCAUAGAUCUGUGAUGAAAUCCAAGUGUUGUAUGAAUUACAGCUAAUUUAAACCAUUUUUGGUUUAUUAAUUUGUAUGCAUGGACAUAAAGAAUAAAACCUUGAAUGAAAAAUAAAGUUGAACUUGUUUUACCAAUCUGAUAACAUUAUAAAAUAAAUGAUUGAUUUUAAAAGAA